AUGUUCGCAACACAAUCCCCCUCCACACCAUUCCGCCAAACAGGCCACUAUACACCCGUGCGCCCAUCGCCUCUAGGUCAAAGAAGUACAAACAUACCCACACCUCCAUGUCCAUGGACGAUGGAAUCUCCAACACGCGCCGGACCGGGAUCAAUCCAAACCCAACCCAAGCCAACGGGCACAGAAGAAAACUCGAACUCGAACUUCAACGCAUUUUCCCCAGUCGCCUUCUCCUUAAAUAACCAAACUCCAACAUUUAAUCAUAAUCAUAAUGAUAAUGUCAAUUAUAACAAUGAACGCCCGGUCCAACAACGCCAACAUCACUCCUCCCCCAUAUUCGCCACAACAGCAGCCCCAACUACACCAUUCUUCUUCUCGCCUCAUCCCUACCAAGUCGCAAAGUCACCCUCUCCGUCUCCUUCAACGCGAAACAGCAAAUUCGCAGACCGCUACGCGUCACAAGUCUCUAAUCCAAUGAAGAGCUCGAAUGGGCUUACGCGCUCGAAAACACGGAAGAUGUUCCUGAAUAAGGUGCGGAGUGAGCGCGAUGAGGGACGGUUCGAAGCAAGGGGCGAACAGAUGAUGCAUGCGGAUUAUCUCGCUGAUAAGAGGCGGUGGGAGGAGAGUAUGGCGCGCGAUAUGGUUGUGCAGGAUCCUGAGGAUGUGGAUGAGAUGAUUCCUGAUGAGACUGAACUCCGGGCUUUGGACGAUUUUGUCAUGCAGGAGGAGGCGAUGGAGAGAGCUAUGCAGGAGGAUAUGGAGAAUGGCUCGUUUAGUGAUGAUGAGUAUGAUGAUAUUUUCAAUACGCUGCCUGAUUCUGCGAUUGGGUAUAAGAAUCAGAAUCAGGGCCAGGGUCAGGAUAUGGAUAUGUCGUGA